UAUCCAUAAUGGCGGAAGCUGGAGAUUUCAAUGUGUAACCUGGAUUCUAAAGACAUUUGAUAUUCUAGCAACAUGAUUAAACCAGAAAGGAACAACAAUAUGUCUGUGCAGUGUUCCUUUUUGGAUAUUCAUAUAUGUGGUGCUUGUAAGAUGCAGUUCCACAAUGUUGAGUUGUUUAUUGAACACAAGCAGCAGAAUUGUCCAGUGCUGGCUGAAAUGCACUCUGCUGCUUUAGAUGCUCUCAGAGACCAGGCAUCAAAGCCUUCUCAGACAGACACUGAUGUUUCAGAAAUCUCAUCGACAUCUCUUUCAUUGGCUACAGCAACACUGACGGUAGCUCCAGUAGUUAAUUCCUCACCAAUGUCUAUCACCGGUACCAAUCCUGACUCUUCAAGCAUUAACACACAUUCUGUUGUACUAAAUGGUAACCAAGGCGACAGUGCAGUCCAUGAGAAUUCCAUUCGUCAUAAUACUUUACACCUACAAGCUGAAAGUGUUGACCCACAAAGUGAUGUGGACCCAACUCUAAGUAGUAAGCUAGAUUUGUCUUUCCUUGAUGCUCAGCAAGUCAUGAACGAGAAUCUGAAGCCCAGAAGAGAUAUCAGAGAUCCAUUCCUCACCUCUACUGCUGCCAGUUGCCAUUCUGUUUUGGAGCAUUCCUGUGAGCAGGCCAGCAGUCAUGUUAUUGAUGGUACCACAGAUCUCUCGGAACUGUCAAGUGAAGCAAAGAAUGCUUAUAUUACAAAAAUGGAUCAAAACUCAUCACAAGUGUGUGUUGCUGUGACAACAGAACAGUUAGUACAGAGCCUAGGAUUGAACAGCAGCCCCUCGUCUUCAUCUAUCGUGGCUCCAUCAACUAAUGUCAGCAAUCAGGUUCUGGUAAAACGUGUCCAAGAACAACUUCAGGCAGAUGCGACGUCUUCAAGAGAUGCUGCAGUUGCACAACAGUUUUUCACUGAGCAAAUCAUCACAGAAUCUUUAGAGAAUUUGGCUCCGAUCAGCUCUGAUGUAUUGCCUAGCAACCAACAGGCUCUCCCACAAAACUUCACUUUACUCUCCUGUGAUAACCAACAACCCUACAGUAAUAACAGCAACAACAUCAUUACUACCACCACCAUUAAUACCACCACCACCACUGCCACUGCCACUGCCACCAAUACCACCAUUACAUCCACCACCAACAACAAUACCACCACCCCCAUCACUACCAUCAACAAUAUCUCUUCGUGUGUAUCAUCCACUCAGUCACAGAACACUUCACAGAUUGAUAGCUACCGGCUACGGCUGCUGGGUAGUUCAGAAGCAGGUUCUGUUAGCAGUUUGAUGGCUAUCGUUCAGGAAUUUGACAGUUCUGUGGGUCAUGCCAGUUCCCUUUUAUCCGAGUGCCAGUCCCUGGAAACUUCUUCAUCUUCCCACCAGCAACAGCCUCAAUCUACACAAGUAUCAUCCCACGUCAACCAACACAAUAUUGCUGUUAGUGAUUGUUCUAACAACGUCAAUCCUGUUGAAGCUAACUCAGUCUUUCAGUCACAGUCUACUUGUCUAAUACCUGUGCUACCAGCAACCACUGCAAGCACCACCUCUACAACUACAUCAACAAAACAAGCGGCCCAAACAUCUAGUGGGACUAAAACGUCUGUCAAAACCAGACCAACACUCCAGAAGAAGUUCAAGUGCACUUUCGAAGUGUGUGAGUUUCAGACGGCCUACAUGAAGGACCUUGACCGACAUACCCGUACACACACUGGCGAGAGGCCUUUCCAGUGUACAAAGUGUCAAAAGUCUUUUAAUCGCAGUGACAAGCUGAAGAUCCAUGAGAGGGGCCAUACUGGCACCAAACCAUAUCAGUGCGAAAUGUGUCCAUAUUCCUCAGCCGACAGCAGCAGUUUGAAAAAACAUCUCCGGAUUCACACAAAUGAGAGGCCUUUCAAGUGCCAGAUAUGUCCAUAUGCCAGUCGUAAUUCCAGUCAGUUGAUUGUCCACAUUCGUACACACACAGGGGACUCACCAUUUCAAUGUCAACUUUGUGAUGCAAAGUUCAAAAUAAAUUCAGACCUCAAGCGACAUGUCCGCAUCCACACUGGGGAGAAGCCAUACAAGUGUGAUCUCUGUGAUUACAGGUGUUCAAUUAAAGCUAACCUCAAAAGUCACUAUCGAAUCAACCACUCAACAGACGACCAGAUCCGCUGUGAUAAUUGUAAUUAUGCUACAUCUUCUCGUAAGAGUUACCGAGAACAUAUCAAGACUCAUGAUACUGACCGCCCCAUCAAAUGUCCAUCUUGUCCAUAUCAAUGCUCCCGUAAAAGUGCAUUAAUUAACCACCUGCGCACACACAGUGAAGAUCGUCCAUUCUCUUGUGAUUAUUGUGCCUACACUUCCAAGCAGAACAGCAAUGUGAAGACUCACAUGGCAAAGAAACAUUCAGACAAACUGAAACAGAAGAGGAAGACAGGUUCACGCAAAAAAUCAGAACUUAUCGAGAAAGUUUCUGCCAAUGCAAGCACCAAUUCUUCACCCAUAACGAAUCUGGAACCGUCUGGUGGAUCUCAAAUGAGAAUCAAACCAAACUGCAAGAAAUCCUUUUGCUGUGUGCAGUGUAAUGCUUCGUUUGUCCGACAGGAUUCUUUACGAAGCCACAUGCGACAACACCGAGAUAUUGAAAAGGCUCUGCAGAAUUCAACGAUGAGAGUGCUUGAAGUACAGAAUCCCAUGGUGCCAGUGAACACUCAGGCAAGCCAUACUAUGAAAGGUUCUUCACCACAAACUCUGACAAGUCUUCUCACUGCUAACACAACCAACAAUAGUAGUAGUAACCAGUCAGUGUCUUCUACUAACAAAUUCACAACAUUACUUGUUGGUGCUGGGAACAGCUCAUCUGUGAAAUCUGUGUCAGAAUCUUCUUCUUUGGUAUCCACAUCAUCCAUUGUCAACAUCAUCACAGCGCCACACACUUCAAAAUCGAAUAAAAAUGCUCCUGUUUGUCAACAAUCAUUCUUGAAUAUUGGGAACCUGAGCAGCAAUUCAGUUUCUUCAGAUGUAGAGCAACCCAUUUUAAAAAGUUUGGUGACCUCAAAAUCUCUUUUAAUCAGUGGCCAACCACAAUCACAACAACAUCAACAAGAGCAGCGGCUACAACAACAAGUAACACUAUCAUCAACAAACAGUACCCCAGCAACGAUAGCAAUGACACCAAGUAGUUCGUCUUUUAUAUCAAUUUCUAAAGACUUGGCUUCCAAUAUUAUUUUCUCACAAUCCACAAAUUCUGCAUCUUUAGAAAGCCAAGCUGGUAGUCUACCGCAGACUAUCAGCCAAAACUUGGUUGAUCACACAUCUCAGACAGUACAUUGCCAACCAAGGGACUCAAUAGGAGCCCCUUUAUCAACUUUAGCAACUGGCUCACAGACGACAGUGUCGCAAGUGUUACCUUCAACUGUGAGUAGUCCAACUGUAAGUAGUGGUGCUCAGAGUGUUAUGAAUGGUAUCUUGUUGAGUAGCCAGCCACAGCAGAGUACCAUUGUUACUCCACAAUUCUUGCAGGCAGCUCCCAAUACUUUACAGCUUAUUUCAAAUAUCUCUUUGCCUUUCAUACGUAUGCCGGCAGCAUCACUCAGUACUCAGCUUCUACCGAACCAAGUUGCUGGACAACGUCCUGAGCAAAUAAGCAUUGUGAAUUCACCUCUAAGUCCUACUUUGACGAGCCACCAACAACACCAUUCUGCCACAUCUGAAAUCCCUCUCCAUAUCCUAUCCCAACAUGCUUCACAGACAGGCACCAUUCCUAUUAAUGUCCAAAUAUCUCGUGUUGACAUUGACGCUUCAAAUAUCAAAAACGAACUUCUUGAACAAUGCAGUGCAGCUGGUUUGCCUUCAGCUUCACUUCAGUUAAUCCUACCACCAAGUCUUCAGCCGACACCAGCUACCAUACAGCAGGUCAGCACUUUAACAUCUGCUGCUAAUACAAUCAACAUCCCAACAACAGCCAAUGGAGAAAUUAUUGUACAAGUAACGAGUUCUGGUUCAACAGAUCUUUCAUCCUGUUUGCCAUUAGAUCAGAUUACCAACACUUCAAGUAGAGUCAGUCCAAUGACCUCAGACUGAUAACUUAGUCCCUGCAUUUCUUAGACCAGUGACUGACCAUUGCAUGAAAAAUUGACUCGUAAUAAAGUGGUGACAAAAUUUAACUGUGCUCCAUCUCCAUACCUUCCUCAAGAAACAGUUAGAAAAAAAGAAGAAAUAAAUAAAUAAAUAUAAUAAAAUAAAAUAUGUUUUUGAGAGGUUGAAUAGUGGUGGGUUUUAAUGGAGUACUGUAAAAGAUGUUGUCCAACUUGUGGAGUUCACUGUUUGCCAUCAGCUUAUUACAGAUGAUCAAUAGAAGAAAAUACCUCUGCUUGAAACUACUAACUGGAAUUGGUCAGCAGUGUUUAUUGGGGAACAAAUAAACAAGUGUGCUAUAUUCUUUGUUUCCAAAGAAUAUGGAGACUGGUGGAGGACAGAGGGUGGUCAGUUACAAUUUACCAAUGUUGGUAUCAACCCUUUAGUAUUUAAACUGGCCACAUCUGGCCAAAAUAAUCUGCCUCUUUUUAUGUUCAAACUGGUCAGAUCCAAUAUCUCACACCUACUCUACAAUGUCAUAGUAAAAGUAAACAACCUCAUCAUUGAAAAAUCUUGAAGCCACAAGAUAAUGCAUUGAUUAAUUCAAGACAAUGUGAAUAAAUAAUACAGAGUAAUCUGAAUGCUAAUGGGUUAAACCAGUGUUAGAAGAUUUGAGUGAGGGAUAAAAUGCUUUGGUGGCAUUUAGUUAUAAUUCUCUUUCAUUCUGAGUUCAAAUCCUGUGAGGGUCAGCUGUGCUUUUUAUCCCUCCUGUUCAAUGAAGAAGAUUUAGCUACUAUUUCUAGUAUGUCAUGUGAUUUCAUAGAAGCUCCCUCAUUGAUUUAAAUAUGUUAAUUAAUUCAGUAUUGUGAAAUUGUAAUGUUUGUUCUCAGAUUAAACACACUGUUUAGUCUGAGGUCUGCGUAAUCCAGCUAAUCUCUGAUGAAGGUGUUUCAGCCCUCACCACCCAGCCUUUUCUGUCACAUAAGUCUACAUUGUCCAAAGCGGCCUUCCCUUUUGUAAAGACAGUCAAGCAGUAAACUGGCAGAAUUAUUAGAAUAUUGGACAAAAAUACCUUGGAGUAUUUGUCUGUGUCUUUAUAUUCUGAGUUCAAAUCCUAUGAAGGUCAGCUGUGCCUUUUAUCCCUUUUGGGGGUUGAUAAAAUAAAGUAUCAGUGAAGUACUGAGGUUGGGAUUGAUUGAAUUAAUAUUACACAUCUUGCUUCUAAUGUGAAGAUUAAAAAUCCAGGUUUAAUCUCUAGUUGGAGGAUACCCUAAUCCAUCCCACCCAUCCACUAAUCUCAGAAGUUCUGUAAAGAAUCAUGAGUGCUACACUUUACUUGUGACUCUACUCCACAUAUUCCACUCAGUCGUUGUCAAUCCACAAGUGGAUGAAAGCCUCAGCACACCAUUAUACCAGCUUAUUUACACUGGUUGUAGAGCUAUCUGUCCACACUGGUCAGUUGCAGGUUGGAUGGAAUUCCCAAUGUUAGAUAUCCUUGUUUUGUCAUGGAUCAUAUUCCACUCAGAUAUUUUUCAGAUUCCAAAUUGAAAAAUAACAUACACAACCACCCACCCACAAACAUGCAUGUCACAUGAAAGACAAAAUAAUAUGAAAUAGCUAAAAAAAUAGACAAAAAAAAAGCCAAAAAGGAAAAUGAAACUGAACUUUGUAAACCCCUGACAUUCCAUCCCUAAUCAUGGCUUUUACCCAUUCUAAUCACAGAUCCUCAAAAUUUCAAAACACAAACUGCUGUUAUUUCUAUUCUGUCUCACAAGGCUCUGAAAAGGCCAUGGGCCAUAUCCAUCCUCCUCAGGAUAUUACAUUCAAUUAAAACAAAAUAUAAAAUAAAAUAAAACAUAAAUUCAAGUUCAA